AUGUCGGAUACGCACAAGGAGGUGGAAGCUGGGCCUUUCUCCGACGCGGAGAAGGGCCAUACCCAGGCUCCUCUUGAGGGUACCACCACGAUCAUGACCAAGGAGUCUACCAUUUGUGAACCUCAUCCUGAUUUCAUGACCCGUAAUGGUCUCAACCUCGAGUCGUUCAAGAAGCAACAUUAUGGAUGGGGCAUUGUUGAGCUGGAGCGUCCUAUUCGCGCUCGCCAUCUUAACAUGAUUGCAAUUGGUGGCUCUAUCGGUGCUGGUUUCUUUGUCGGUUCUGGUGGUGCGCUUGCGAAUGGCGGACCUGGAUCUCUCUUUGUCGACUUCUUAAUUAUCGGUGUGAUGAUGUUCAACGUCGUCCACGCGCUCGGUGAACUCGCCAUCAUGUAUCCCGUCUCUGGUAGUUUCUACACAUACUCAGCCCGCUUCAUCGACCCCUCAUGGGGUUUCGCCAUGGGAUGGAACUACGUGCUGCAAUGGGCCUCCGUCUUACCUCUCGAACUAACAGUCUGUGGUAUUUCCAUCCAAUACUGGAACGCCGAUAUUUCCGUUGGCGUCUGGAUCGCCGUGUUCCUAGUCGUCAUCAUCAUCAUUAACAUCUUCGGCGCCCUCGGCUACGCUGAAGAAGAGUUCUGGGCUUCCCUAUUCAAACUCAUCGCCAUUGUCGUCUUCAUGAUUAUUGCCCUGGUUCUUGUUUGCGGCGGCGGCCCCUCUGGCGGCCGAUACGAUGAGUACUGGGGUGCCCGCUACUGGUACAACCCAGGUGCCUUUAAGAACGGCUUCAAGGGAUUCUGCUCCGUCUUCGUCACGGCUGCGUUCUCCUUUUCCGGUACUGAACUUGUCGGUCUUGCUGCAGCAGAGUCUAGCAAUCCCGUCAAGACUAUGCCCAGCGCCAUCAAACAGGUCUUCUGGCGAAUCACCCUCUUCUAUAUCCUGGGUCUCUUCUUCGUCGGCCUGCUUAUCGAUGACUCUGACCCAGCGUUGCUGAAUGCCGGUGCUUACAAUGACCCCAAGGCAUCGCCUUUUGUGCUCGUUGGUAAAUACGCUGGUCUUAACGGAUUCGACCACUUUAUGAAUCUGGUCAUCCUUAUCUCCGUCAUGUCCAUCAGUGUCUCCGCCGUUUAUGGAGGCUCUCGAACUCUUACUGCCCUUGCGCAGCAGAGAUAUGCGCCCAAGAUCUUCACAUACAUUGACAAAUCGGGCCGACCUCUGUUCUCUGUCAUUAUCAUUAUUCUCUUUGGUCUUAUUGCCUUUGUCAGUCUUAGCGCCACCGGUCCCGUCGUCUUCACGUGGUUGCUCUCUAUUUCUGGUCUCGCCACUCUCUUUACUUGGGGCUCUGUCUGUGUAGCUCACAUUCGAUUCCGUAAGGCCUGGAAAUACCACGGUCACACCCUGGACGAGAUUCCUUUCCGAGCUGCCGGUGGAGUCUACGGCUCUUGGCUGGGUCUCUUCCUCUGCGUGAUUGUCUUGAUGGCACAGUUCUACUCUGCCAUUGUCGCCCCUCCUGGAGAGUCCGGUAUGGGCACUGCCAAGAGCUUCUUCCAGCAGUAUCUUGCCGCUCCCGUCAUUCUCUUCUUCUGGGCCAUCGGCUACCUCUGGAAGCGUGAGGGUUGGCUGCGUACUCCCCAGAUCGAUGUUGACACCGGUCGCCGCGAGUUGGACUGGGACGAAAUCAAGGCUUAUAGAGCCAGGGUGGCUGCCAUGCCCACGUGGAAACGCUUCGUCCACAAGAUGUUCUAG